GAUUAUGUGUGACACCGAGAGCUUCUGGUUGGUGUGACCUUAAAAUCGGUUCGGGGUGGGGGAGGGGACAGAGAAUGCGAAAUUCAAGUCUGUUGCACGGAACUAAGGCUACAGCUGUCAAAGAAACUCCCAAAAAAAAUGUAUGACGAAGCAGAAAAAACCAAACGUUGGGAAGGAGGCUAUGAACGCACUUGGGAAGUCCUGAAAGAAGAUGAGACAGGUUCUCUUAAAGCUACUGUUGAUGACCUUCUCUUCAAAGAAAAAAGGAAAAGGGUAUUUGAGCACCAUGGACAAGUUAGACUUGGAAUGAUGCGACACUUGUAUGUGAUAAUAGACAUGUCAAGAUCAAUGGAAGAUCAGGACUUGAAACCAAACCGACUUACCUCAACAUUAAAGUUGCUGGAAUACUUUGUAGAAGAAUAUUUUGAUCAAAAUCCUAUUAGUCAGAUUGGUAUUGUUACUACAAAAAACAAAAGGGCAGAAAAACUUACUGAACUUGCCGGAAAUCCAAAAAAGCAUAAAGAAGCCUUAAAGAAAGCUGUAGGUUUGUCAUGCAGUGGAGAACCUUCUCUUUACAAUUCACUCAGUUUGGCCAUGGAAACUUUGAAGCACAUGCCAGGACACACCAGCCGUGAAAUACUUGUCAUUUUUAGCAGUCUUACAACAUGUGACCCAUCCAACAUUUAUGACCUUGUGAAGUGCUUGAAAGCUGCUAAAAUCAGAGUGUCUGUGAUUGGCCUAUCUGCAGAAGUUCGAGUUUGCACUGUUCUCACCCGCGAGACUGGUGGUACAUACCAUGUUAUUUUAGAUGAGAGCCAUUUUAAAGAGUUGCUCUAUUAUCAUGUGAGUCCACCACCUGCCAGUUCCAAUUCAGAGUGUUCUCUCAUUCGUAUGGGUUUUCCCCAGCAUACAAUGGUAUCCUUAUCAGAUCAGGAUGCAAAGCCAUGUUUCAGCAUGGCUCAUUUAGAUAGCAAUAGUGGACCAAUCUUAACACUUGGUGGAUAUUAUUGUCCUCAGUGCAGAGCCAAAUAUACCGAGCUGCCCGUGGAAUGCAAAGUAUGUGGUCUUACAUUAGUGUCUGCUCCUCACUUGGCCAGGUCUUACCACCACCUGUUCCCACUGGAAGCAUUCACAGAAACAUCCUUGGAGGAGACUCGGGGAGAAACGUAUUGCCAAGGUUGCCAGGGAGAACUGAAGGAUAUAAAUGUAUACAAAUGCAAUGCAUGCCAGAACAUCUAUUGUGUGGAAUGUGAUAUAUUUGUUCAUGAUACCUUGCAUUGUUGUCCUGGAUGUAUUCACAACCAAUCCAAUCCUCAAUAACCAUCAAAUAUAUCUUUUAACUUUUGCUGGAGGAAUAUCAGCUGUACCCAUUGCUAAGAGCCUCAUUCACUGAAAUAUACUUUGUAUGUACAACAGUCGACCUGGGAAAUGUGAUUUUUGACAAGAAGCUUUACAAUUACUGCUUUUAUUCAAAAUAAAUAGUUUUGCAAUUCUAUCAGUUACAUAAGUCAGUUGGUCUUGGUCACGUUGUCAUUCACAUACGUGGUCUACAAGUUAACAUGCUUUGUUUUUUAGUUUUUAUUGCUUCUUCAUUCAUAAUUUUACAAAUUUAUUUUCUGGAUUUUUAAAAUCAAUUUUCACAUGAAAAAUAAUGAGCUGGAAUGUACCUGUUGGAUCAGUUGGUCAAUACUUUGCACAAUGUUACAUUGAACAUUGUAUAUUUUUUUUCUAUUCAUUUGUGGGAAGUGGGUGUUGCUGGCUGACCAGCAUUCCUUGCCCAAUCCAAGUUGCCUUUGGGAAGUUGGUGGUGAGCUGCCUUCUUGAACUGCUGCAGUCCACCUACUGUAGGUUGACUCUCAAUGCCAUUGACCCAGUGUAAUUGACCAACAUUUCAGCCAUGAUUUAAUGGCAGAGCAGACUUGAUGGGCCAAAUGGCCUAUUUCUGCUCCUUAUAUGUCUUAUUAACUUGAUGACCACAAUUUCUCUCUACUGUUGAAUUAGCUGAUUUUGGUUGGAGUAGCUUCAGAAACAACGAAAAGAUUUUAGAAAUGGCUUCUGUGUACCUCAGAAAUAAGAUCAGCUAGUCUUCCUGCUCAGUGAGUUCUGUUUGAAUUUACAUGCAGUGAACAGAACUGGGAUUGGCUUUCGUGCUCCAAAAUCAUAAUGAUCAGCAGUUGUUUAGGUCAUGGAGAAUAGCCAUGUGGGUAGAGGAGAUGGUGGUAUAAUUGUGAUGUUACUGAACCAAUAAUCCAGACACACACAGGUUCUGGGACCGUAGGUUCAAAACCUACCAUGACCCCUUGUGGAACUUGUAUUCAGUUAAUGAACUCACAAUUGGAAGCAAGUUUCAUUAAUGGCGACUGUGAAACAAUCUGGGUCAUAAAAAGCCAUUUGGUUCACUAAUGUCCUUUAGGGAAGGAAGUCUGCUGUCCUUACAGACCUAUAGACUCUCAGCAAUGUGGUUGACUAAUAACUGUCCUCUGAAAUGACUGAGCAAGCCACUCAGUGCAUGGGGACAACUGGUAAUUGGCAAGAAGUACUAACCCCACCAGCAAUGCUCAAAUCCCAUGAAUAAAGAAAAAUUGAUCUGGGCAGGUUUAAAAACUCCUUGCAUUUAUGCAGCCCAGCGUGAGUCAAAACAUCAAAGUCAGACUAAUUUAUCAAAAACUUUCUUUGUUGGUACCCAUCAGCUGCAUUAUUCUCUGCUGUACCUUGAAGAGUAAACAAUAUAUCCUUGUGGUAGUCCUACUUUCUAAUUUUUAGAAUAAGAAAGUUACCCAGUGACAAAGUCAUGCAAGUUUUUUUUUUGUUGAAAUUCAUUAGUUUCACUGAGAAAUGGAUAAUUUUAAUUUCACUUAAAUUUACCAUUUUUAAUUUGCUUUUUUCACUGCUGCAGCAACCAUGGAACUCAGUGUGGUUCUGGACUGACAAACGUGUACAUACGGUUAAAGCACUGAAUAGCAGUCUGAAUUAAAGCCACAGUGGAAUUCCUCCAGUCUUUGUACCCAUGACCAAUUUGUAGCACCUCUUAGCUAAUUAAAUUGACAGAGUGCUAAUUAAAUCUGAGAACCUGUUAUAUGUGUGCUUUACUACAAUACAAGGCAAUGCCUCUAUCCAUAAGAAAAUCAGGAAUUAAAGCUUUCUGAAAUUUUAAAACAUAUUUGGGAAAUUAAAAAAAUUGUUGAAAGCUAUUAAAAAUUUAAUACCAUAAAAUCCAUGUUUGUUUGAGGAAAAAGUGGUUACAACUGCUACUUUUUUUACAUGUGGUUCCUUUGUUGAAGUUAUAAUUUGACACCCUUUUUAAGCACUUGGCAUUCUAAUCUUUCAGAGAUUAUGAAGAAAACUGAAUUUGCUUAAAAACCAAAAGAACUGUGGAUGCCGUAAAUCAGGAACAAAAACAGAAGUUGCUGGAAAAGCUCAGCAGGUUUGGCAGCGUCUGUGAAGAAAAAUCAGAAUUAACGUUUUGAGUCCAGGUUCUGAGGAAGGGUCACCAGACCUGAAAUGUUAACUCUGUUUUUUUUGCCUUCGCAAAUGCUGCCAGACCCACUGAGCUUUUUCAGCAGCUUUGUGAAUUUGUUGUUUCAUUGUUUCACCAUAUUGGAAUUCAUGCAAUCUUAUAGAAAUACUGCUGUAACAUUUUGAAAAUAUUAAUGAUUGGUAAUAUCUAAUAAGUUAUUGUGUGUCAUAUCCUUUAUUCUAUAGAAGUGUUUUUUAAUUCAAAUAAGCACCACAUAAUUGGAAUAAUGGACAGGAAAGAGAAAAUAUAAUUUACUUAUCAAGAGUCAUCGAAAUCACUUUUAUGACAGAAUUGAAAUGUUUUCAAAAUCUAAGUGUAUUUUUGAUGAUUAGACGGUUUUAAAAUAUCUGUUACCCAUGGAUGUUAAUUUAGAUUAGGUUUGUGAGGAAAUAAAAGAUUUAUUUUACAGGAAUGUUAGAAAUUAAUAUUUUGUAUUCUAACAAUUCUUACACUUUAAUGGACACAUUUUUGUGGUGGACCAUUAAAGUCUAAACUGUAUAAGCAGUCAACCUUUGAGAAGAUUGAUCGUUGGAAAAUUUAAAAUUACAUGUUCCACAUAAGUUAAUUUGUCGGAAGUUGAUCCCAUCUUUUUGAAGCAUUUAAUAUUUAUUAGGAGUAGUUUGUUUCUUGAUGCAAUUGCAAACGGUUUAUGUUAGUUUCAAGAGAUUAGUUUGUAAGGUUGCUAAAUAUUAUGUUUGUUUUACCAGCCCAGUACUGUGUAAACUGUGACAAAAUUGUCUUCCUAAAUCAACUUAAGUUUUGUAAAACUAAUGUAUUCGAGACAAUUUGUAUUUUUAUUACAUCACUUUGAGCAAAGUGAAC